AUGCCACCUGCCAGUGCACAUCAGUACCUCAUCAAUGCCACAUAUCAGUGCCUACCAUUUCAUCCAUCAGUGCCACCUAUCAAUGCCAGUCAGUGCCACCUAUCAGUGCUGCCAAUCAGUGCCACCUAUCAGUGCCCCAUAUCAGUGCCCCAUAUCAGUGCCAGUCAGUGCCGCUUAUCAGUGCUCGUCAGUGCUGCCUAUCAGUGCCACCUAACAGUGCCAGUCAGUUCUGCCUAUCAGUGCCGCCUAUCAGUGCCAUAUAUGAGUGCUGCCUUUCAGUGCCCAUCAGUGAUGCCUGUUGAUGCCCAUCAGUGCCACCUACAAGUGCCUUCUCAUCAGUGCCCAUCAGUGCAGCCUAUCAGUGCCCAUCACUGCAGCCUCAUUAGCGCACAUCAA